CGCCCUAGUUGCUUGCCCUAAAGUGGGUGGAAACACCAGAGAGAGCCAGGCGCUGCGCUGGAUGAGAUGGCAACCAGGUCCAUAUCGCUCUUCCUCCUCCUCCUCCUCCUCGGCCUCCUCGCCGCAGGAAGCUCCAGCGCAGACGCUGGAUGCACCAGAAACUCUACCCUGCAUCGUCUGACUCGGCGCCUCCUCCGCAAUUACAGCAAGGGAGUGCGGCCCGUCAGGAACUGGGCACAGGCCACGACGGUGUACCUGGACCUCUUUGUCCACGCGGUGCUGGAUGUGGAUUCCCAGAAUCAAAAGCUCACAACGAGUAUUUGGUUACAGCAGAGCUGGAAGGACGAAUUUCUCACCUGGAACUCCAGCCUCCACGAUGGGAUCAGAGAGGUGUCCCUGCUGCUCAGCUCCAUCUGGUCUCCGGAUAUCACCAUCAAUGAGCUUGUGGAUGUCAGCAAGUCUCUCGAUAUGCCCUACGUCUACGUGAAUGCAAGCGGGAUGGUCAGGAACCAAAAACCCAUGCAGGUGGUGUCCGCAUGCCAGCUGGAGCCAUACGCCUUCCCAUUCGACACCCAGACCUGCAGCCUGACCUUCAGCACCAUCCUGCACACUGUGGAGGACGUGGACCUGGCCGCGCACAUGGCAGACAACAAGCAGAUCUUCCUGGCCGACGGCGAAUGGGAGCUGCUCUCUGUGCCCACCCGCUACCAGGUCCUGAGCACCCACAGUGGGCGCUUCGCCGAGGCCCAGUUCCAUAUUGUCAUCCGGAGGCGGCCCCUGCUCUACGUCGUCAGCUUGCUGAUUCCCAGCAUCUUUCUGAUGGCCGUGGACCUGGGCAGCUUCUACCUGCCCCCCACCUGUGGCAUGCGGAUCACCUUCAAGGGCAGCGUGCUGGUGGGCUACACCGUCUUCAAGGUCAACAUGUCGGCCGAGCUGCCAGGCACCCCGUUCAGCACGCCUCUGAUCGGGGUGUUCUUCACCAUCUGCAUGGCCCUGCUGGUGCUCAGCCUCUCCCUGUCCAUCCUGCUCGUGAAGUGCCUUCAUCCGGGCGAAGACCACGUGUGGCAGAGGCUCGCUUCUCACUGCUGUCGGGGGCAGAGAGGCUCGGAUGGAGAGGAUCGGGGGGCCAACUCCCAGGCAGCUCCGGCUGCCAGGCAAGCACCAGGGUGCACUGAAGGUGCCCCAUUGCCGGGGGAAGAAGGAAAGCGAGGACAAGAAGGACCCUGGGAGGUGAUGUCCACCCAGAAGGCCGUGAUGGAGGAGAUCCUAGCUCAGCUGCUCCUCAUCAGCUCUCGCCUCCGUGCCCUGGAUCGGGACAGCAGGCAGGAAGCCGACUGGCUUCGGCUCUCGUACAAGCUGGACAUGCUGCUCUUCCAGGUGUAUGCCGGGGUGGUAGCCGUCUACGCCAUCACGCUCGGUGCCCUGUGGGCGACGUGGAGCUCCCAGCAGCAGGAGGGAUAG